AUUUUAUGUUUGUAUAUCUGCAUUUAAAUAAUGGUGAUGCAAGAGAACUGCUGACAUAAAUUUUCGAUCUCUUUUUAUUUCAUGAUCUGCUUUUCAAGAGAUUUUUCAUAAGUGGUUGCGAGGAUGGAUGGAUUUUUUUUUAUGCUAGCACUGUACGUCUUCAAUGUGGGAUUUUCUACAGAAGCAGCCAAUGAAAAUAAUUUAAAUAAAUUGGCAGUAGCAAACAAUGAGUUAGGAGUGAAACUUUACCACAGGUUGACUGAAAAUAAUGCUGAAAAUGUUUUCAUCUCACCAAUCAGUCUGUCUACAGCUUUUGGAAUGCUUUACGUUGGUACUAGAGGCAACUCCGCUAAACAACUCAAAAACGUCUUAGGUUAUAACACUGCUCGAUUAUCUAGUUCAAAGGUUCCAUCAGCUUUCGACCAGUACCUAAACAUAUUAUUGCCUGGGAAUGUACAAGAUAAUAGCGCUUAUGUCUUAAAUCUCGCAAAUGAAGUGCUAUUAUCAGAUACAUUUGAUGUAAAUCAAGAUUACAUAGAAGAAGUUCAAAAUUCCUUCCAUGCAGAUGCUCAGGUGGUUGAUUUUGCUGAAAAUUCGGGCCAAAUAUUGAAAGAUGUGAAUAAUUGGGUAAAAGAGCAAACGAAUGGGAAAAUAGACAAGUUUUUGACUAAUUUAAGCCCAUCAACUUUAUUGCUCAUAUUGAAUGCUGUAUACUUCAAAGGAACAUGGCAAAUUCAGUUCGACCCAAAGUUAACUUUAAAUGGAGAUUUUUACAACCAUGGUGAAGAUGAUGAAGUUAAGAGUGUUCCAUUCAUGCAUGUUAAGGAGAAAUUCCCAUACUUCAGAAACGACGAAUGCCAAAUAAUCGAGUUACCUUACAAAGGCAAAGACAUAAGCAUGAUCAUUUUAUUACCAAAUGCCCAGGAUGGACUUCAAGAAAGAGAAGACAAGUUCACUGCAGAAGAUAUCAAGACUUAUCAGAAAGAGCUUAGACCUACAACACUUAAUCUAGCAUUGCCGAAGUUUAAGAUUAAAUACUCUCACGAGAUGUCUUCAGACUUCAAUGCUCUUGGUGCCAAAGACAUAUUUAAUCCUAGUUUGUCUGAUUUCUCGGGAAUAACAGAAAAACGUGGUUUAUUUGUCAACCAGGUUGUACACAAGGCAGCUAUAGAAGUCAAUGAAAAAGGAAGUGAAGCUGCAGCAGCUACUGGAAUCGGUGUCGUUAGGCUCACACCAGACCCUGCGUUUGUUGCAGAUCAUCCCUUCAUGUUUCUAAUACAAGAUAAGAGGAAUGAUAUGGUGUUAUUUAUGGGACGUGUAACUAAUUUAAAACUUGCCAAGAGAACUAUGAAGAUUCAUCGAUUAUUCAUUCUAGUGGCAUUAGCUACUUUAAAUGUAAUAUUUUCUGCAGAAGCUGCCGAUGUAAAAAAUGCAAGUAAAUUGGCAGUGGCAAAUAAUGAGCUAGGUGUGAAACUUUACCACAGGUUUACUCAGAAUGAUGACAGAAAUAUUUUCUUCUCACCUUUCAGCCUAUCAACAGCUUUUGGAAUGCUUUUCGUUGGCACUGGUGGAAACUCAGCUAAACAACUCAGAUGUGCACUAGGCUACAACGCAGCUCAUUUAUCAAGUAAGAAGGUCCCCUGCGCUUUUAAUCAGUACCUGAACAAAGUAUUACACAGAAAUAAACCUGAUGACGACGCAUAUACCUUGAAUCUGGCAAAUGAAUUAUUAAUAUCAGAACAUUUUGAAGUAAAUCCUGAUUAUAAAAAAGAAGUUAAACAUUUCUUUCACGCAUAUAUUGAGGAGGUUGACUUUGCUGAUAAUACUGAUCAAGUAAUUAAAGAGGUUAAUGACUGGGUAAAUCAACAAACACAUGGCAAAAUUGAUAAAAUUUUGACUAAUUUGGAUAAAUCAACACUACUGCUGAUAUUAAAUGCCAUAUAUUUCAAAGGAACAUGGCUAACUCAGUUUGACAGAAAAUUAACGUCAGAUGGAGAAUUUUACAACUAUGGCCAAGAAAAUGAAGCAAAAAGCGUUCCAUUCAUGCAUAUUAAAUCAAAAUUUCCAUACUUCGAAACGGAUGAUUAUCAAGUAGUAGAGUUACCUUACAAAGGGAAAGACAUAAGUAUGAUGAUUUUACUGCCAAAAAGUUUGAAUGGACUUGAAGACAUUGGUAACAGAUUCGCUGCAAGAGACAUCAAGAAUUUUCAUUUAUUGCUUCAAAACACCACACUUAAUCUAUCAUUGCCUAAAUUCAAAAUUGAAUACUCACGCGAGGUGACUUCAGAUUUCAAAGCUCUUGGAGCCAAAGAUAUAUUUGAUAAUAGAUUGGCUGAUUUCUCUGGUAUAACGCAGGUGACAGGUCUGGCUGUCACGCAAGUGUUGCACAAAGCAGCUAUAGAAGUAAAUGAAGAAGGAAGUGAAGCUGCAGCCUCCACUGUCAUAGUAAUCGGACCACGCACUGUGCAUAGAGAUCCGGUAUUUGUUGCUGAUCAUCCUUUCUUGUUUACAAUUUUUGAUAAGAGAAAUUAUUUGGCAUUGUUUUUUGGUCGAGUCAGUAAUUUUUAAUUGUGUUGAAACUACGAAGUAGUGACACAACAUGAAAUGUAACCAAAUAUCUUAAUAAACAAUAUUGUGCUAUUUUUUA